UUUUGAGUUGCGCAAGACUCGAACUCUCCUCAGCCCUUUUGAUACAUAUUCCCUCUAACAAGCCAACAAGAAAUUAUACACUACCUACCUACCUAUCUACCUACACCAAUGAUCAUCCCAACCACCCGUUUGGCUAUUUCCAAUCAUUUUUGAUACUUAUUAAUACCUAACUUGCGAUCGACUUUGUGACGUCUCCAUAAUCGGUCUUUCGCAACUCUCCAGAAUACUUCCAAUCUUCUGGCCAAUAUUUACCGAGGCCUCUAAGGAACUCUCAUGGCUCGAUAGUCGUUUGCACGCCUGCUUAUUGCCCCCUCCUCCGCCCGUCGAACUCUGCAUUGCUUUGCUUUGCUGCUAUAUUCAUUUGUCGGAGUAGGCGCAGCGGAGAUGGAGUCCAGCACGUGCUGGAGACCUCAAAGAUUGAAACAAACUCAUACUCAUAGACUCCGUAACGGCCACCACCUACAUACAAACUCAUCCAUCAUCCUAUUAGCUUAGCUGCGCCUCGCGCUGUCUCUUGUAUGGGAACGAAUACCCCAUCGGAAUGAUUGAUACGAUUUACGAUAUGGACACUGGUGAAUACGAAACUAAUGCAUUGGUAGUUAAUAAUAUAUUAUCCGUCAACUUCGCCUUCUACGAAACCGUCCCUUCAGUCUCGACGUCCUUCAGUUCUAUCGCACUCGAGGUGGAGACUACACUUCAAAAAGAUGGAUUCCUGGCCCAUUUUGAUACCGGCCGACGGGGCGUAUGGUGCUUUCGGUUAUCACAAAAAGAGAGGCCCCAGGGGAAUCAAACGGCCACACCAGCCUUCCCGAAGUCUAUUGACGGCGCUGGAUUUACCUUUUCUCUAAUUGAAGAGGGCGCUUUUGAAUCAGCAUCGCUCGUCAAAAAUCGCGUACAUGCCCCAAACACUGCUAUUACUCCGGCCAGUUCUUCAUCUAGUGGGUCAGCCAUUCUUGAUCCGACAUACAAGAAUGCCCAGUCAGCAACUCUUCCACCUGCCCAGUCUUAUGCUGGCUCUAUUAGCGAGCAAGAAUACAAGGCAGCUUCCUCCGUUGAUCAUAGAGUCAGCUCUUCGAUUUCGAUGAAAGAUGCUUAUGACCACUUCAUCUCGGCCGCUCUCUCGGCAGUGUCUUCGAGCUUUUGUGCCGCCACAGGCGCCAUCCCUCUGAGCUCUCGAACCUUGCUCCUCUCGAGAACAUCUCACUAUGAUUAUAUCGUCGAACCCGCUAUCCUCGCUUCGCUACGUAUAUAUCUCACAACAACGGGUAGUUUAGUUGUGUCUAUUGCUCUUUUCCUAGCGGAAGGUAUAAUUAACAUAUCUGACAAUAUUGGAUACCCAUUGCCGUCUCUUGGUGUUACUGUACUAGCCGCGCCAUUGGGAAUGUUCGCAACCUGUCAUCCUGUCGCCGUGCCUGAAAGCGUCGCUACCGAAGGUGGGUAUGGUCAAUCGCCAGAUACUCAGGCUGUGAGACUGCGAUCCGAGAGAGAGGACGGUCCUUGGCGAAAUGCUUGUUUCCGAUUUCUACAGACUCGAAACAUCCAUUCUUCCGUUAGUGCUACUCAUAAUUGGAUCAAUCUCCAGCGAAUGCGCCGGAGGCCAAUGGAUCAAACUGUGGAUGGAAAACGUACACCACUUCCCCUAGUAGGUUCCCCCGGCGUUUCAUGGCCAGCGAGCUUAUGCUUCUGCAAGAUGUUCUCGCGGCUAGCUAUCAAAGGAGAAGUGGACGACUCAUCGACGUCUCAAGCUGAUCAAAAUUUUGACGCUUUGAAAGUUGCUAAGCAAUGGUUCUUGGGGACAGGGGACCGGGAUGAGCUAUUGGCAAAGAAUAAGAAGGAAAGGGAUGCUGCAACAGCCCAUGAAAUGGCGGUGGCAGAUAAUCAAAUCCAGCAUACGACUGGACUGUCUCCUCUCACUAUGCGACGAUGCAGCACUACCGGGGCCCUACCACCUGGCCUUUAUCCGACGCCACCGGAUAACCUCCCGAACAUGACAGGGGCAACUCCGUCUAUGGAUGGCACGUCUUCAAGCCCUGGAAAUAAUGCUGGCAACACGAUAAUGGUGGACGCUGACGCAACUCGCAACACAUCGUCCUCGUAUAGUGAUAAUUGGGGAAAUCCAGAGGCAAAACGUGAGCGGAUUGGCAAUUCAUACGAGUCCGAAAACCUCUUCGGAGAGCUAGGCCCUGAUAUGUUUGGGGACAAUGACAUCACCGAAGCUGAUUUCAAUUUCUUUGACGAGCAGCCUGGAGAUAUGGACCUAGGCUCCCUAGAUAUCCCGAAUAUCUCGAACACCAACUCCAGCCUUGACCUCUCAGUCACCCUUUCCACCGCACAAGAAUCGCAUAUCAAAUCAGACAUUCCAGAUAUUCACAUGCCCGAUGUGGCUCCCUUGCCGAUGUUUGCAAAGCCUGAGCUUAGACACGCACGGAGUUCGUUAGUAGACGACGCACGUCGCCAAGUUGGUCUAGAACCGGGCAGGUCUCGGUCGGCAGGCGUGAAGAGGCCUGCCAGCCCGUUUAACCCGGACACAGUUUUCAAAAGGAUCAAGGCCUCCCUUGAUAAUUAUAAAGUUGUUCAGAAGCACGGAGGUGUAGGUGCUACCACAGGUGGAAGCGUUUUCGACAAAGUUGAUUUUGGACCAUCUUUAUCGGUCGUGAAUAGUAAAUAUGAAGGAAGCGGACGAUUUGAUUAUUCUGCCGAACGGUCGGGAGAACUCAAGACAUCCAGCCUUAACGAGCCACCAACUACAGACUAUCUACGACGCCAUUCAAAGAAUCGAAAGGGGUUAAAAGAGCUUCCCACGAAGGUUGGCCAGCUUUUAAGCCGUGCCACCGGAGCGCAAGAUCACGCAUCGAAUCGUGGAAGUCCUUCACACAUCGAGGACACUCAUUCGGAUGCUGACGAGUUAAGUCUUGUAUCAGACCAAGAUGACUCCAGCUAUGAUAGUGAUGAACCCAUGUCACCUGUCAAAUCAUCGAGCGCCAGGCGACGUCCAAUAGAUGACGAUGGGGAAUCGCUUGCCGCCUCAUUCAGGGAACUUGAAUCUGUGGAUGCGAGCUCGCCACAUCUGCCCCUUGAGCUGCCCCCGGGCUCUAAGUCCGAGGUAGAUCUUCCUCUGACGAAAUAUUUCGCCGAUCCGGAGCCACCCUUGAUUCAAUAUACGUUACCAGAUGAUCAAUUGAUCAUGGCUGCACAAACUCUUACCGAUCAAUUCUCUACCAGCACUCUCCUAGCCAACAGUGCACCCCAAUCUCUAGAAUCGAGAGUUGAUCAACGUCGCCGCCUCACGAGUUUAACUCGUAGGUCGAUCCAGGAUAUGAAAGCCAAUUUCCCACCAUGCCUUACACUGGCUAUUCGAUACCAACUCCGUCCUUUUCUCGAACUUCAGGACGUACCACUACUUGGACAGCCUACGAGAAUGCAACCAAGACCACCAGGUGCCGACCAGAUGAGACCAAGCAAUUUGUUUCAGAUCCCUUCGCCACAUUUCGAGUUGCGACGCUACGAAUCGAAGCUGUCUGUCUUGCCAUCUGCUGUUUCCUUUUGGGAAAGCCUUGGUCUUAGUCCAUCUCCAGGCAACAAAGACAUCAACGCCAUUUGUGUUUUCCCGGACUAUGAAGGCCUAGUAGAUGAUAUGCUUGUAUUUACAGAUAGAAUGCGCAGCAUAUACGAGUCGUUGAAAUUAGGGUCGUUUAAUCGUUUACCAUCCACAUCUGGCGUGGAGAACGGCAUGUUUCCCUAUCAUGUCGAACAAGACUCGGCAUCAUCGAGCAAGUCUGCACCCUUCCUAAGGCCUACACUAGCGAAUUGCGCUUCCAAGGUCAGCCAAAUGCUAGUAUCUUUGAAAGCUAAAGAGGUCAACUUUGUCGUCUUCUUCAUCUAUUCACCUGAUGUAGCCGGGUCAAUAGUCGAAUGUUGCGCCGUCUUCAACCAGAUAUUCGAAAGUUACAAAAAACUUCUAUCCAGCAAGAAGUUGCCAGUUAACAAUGACCUAGCUUUACAGCUCAUACCUCAAGACUUUGUAGCGUCUUCACAUUCAGUAGCCAUGCCAUCUCCUCUCGAAUUUUCUAGGCUAGCGAUGGAGAUGUAUGACAGAUGUACCCAAUUCGGUGCUGCAGUGCCAUCGCCGCCGGCCAUAAUGCUGGAACAGCCACCACCGCGCAUCAUUGAUUUCAAGCUAACAACCCAUCCAUCGGCGUCCUUACUCCACGAAAAUACAUGUCUGCAUAUUGCUUAUGCUCAAAGUAUAGACGGAAGGUGGAUUACGGCUGCGUGGACAGACAAUAGAGGUAGUCAGCAAAUGACUGCAUCAUAUUGCUUAGGAAGGAAGGGAAAGCCGCUAUCUACAACGAUGGCAGAAGUUGGAACGGAAAUAUGGGGAGCAACUCGCGAUUUUAUCUCAGCUUGGAAAGUGCACUGGCGAAUCAUUAUCGCAAAGUGUGGGAUGAUGGAACAGUCUGAGGUGGAGCUGUGGUCUGCUUUGGCUCAGUCCGAGUCGAAGGCGUCCAUUACCUUGACUCUCGUCACAGUUGACACAGAUCCAUCUAUGCAGCUGCUACCACCGCCUGCCAAGGUAUCGAGUAACGCCCUGUCGGUAUUUUACACCACUCCUGUUUCGACGCCACAAGCGUCAAUGGUUUCACCGGAGCAGAGUGGCAAUCCAUCCACGCCCAUGCGUGAAAACGUGGCAGCGGGCGCACCGACACCGGGUGACAAUAACCCAGAAUCGGACGGUGACGCCACCUUGACGGAAAUCACAGAUCAAACGUGGGGGGCCGUCCUAUCACACAGACUAAAUAAUUCUUGUUCUCUUACCGAGCUUAAUCCUGCUCUUGUUAGCGGGUAUCUGGUAAAACGCGGGGGGACGAGAACUGAAGAUCCGCCAGUCGUUAUGGAAGUCAACAUUGUCCAUAACGAGGGCAACCCCAGAGCAUACGAGUCGCUACUACGCGAGAUGCUUACUUACUACCGGGGCCUGGGAACGCUAGCUAGAGCACGCGGUAUGGUGGACAAAGAUACAGAUAUUCGCCCAUGGCAUAUCGCUGCGGCCGAGAAAGCUGUUAAAGCAUUAUAUAUGUUGAUGUGAUAUAUUACAAUCCCCUCUAGUAUCAAAAGACAUUACACGUACCCAGUAGCUAAAGGGGCUUGUUGGGUCAUGGGCCGCAUAGCAUAUUAUUUUGAGCAGUAUAAUAAGAUAUUAAUUCCAAUGUUUACAGUAUCAUUG